AUGACUGUUGUGUAAAUCAAGAUCUUGACUGCAAUGAAUAAUUUAACAAAUUGUUACCUCGAUCGAUUUGAUUGUUUACAGUGAGUAUAAAUUAGUAAUUUUGUUUCGUCUGCUAGUUUAGAUAAUCUAAUUUAAAGUUAUGGCCACCAAAACUGAUUUAUCUGCUAAUGAGAAAUUGAUUUUCGAGAAAAUAUGUGAAAAUAAUCUCGAAGAAGUGAAGCUUUUAAUGAACAAAGAUGAUGUCCGUUUAAAUGCCGUUGAUGAAAAUGGAAUGAGUUUCCUGUGCCAAGCUGCUUUCAAGGGAUCUUAUGAGAUUUGCAAAUUUUUAAUUGAAAAUGGUGCUGAUGUGAACAAUACUCGGCAUGUCCAUGGUUACACAGCGCUAAUGUUUGCUGCCAUAGGUGGACACUUAAAGGUUGUAGGAAUUUUGCUAGAGGCUGGAGCCGACAUUAAUCACAUUAAUAGUGUUGGACGAACAGCCGCUCAAAUGGCUGGUUUUGUGGGUCAACAUGAAGCUGUCAACAUGAUCAACAAUUAUGUACCAAAGGAGGAUGUUUUAUAUUACACUGAGAAACAUGGACUUGAAGACGAACCUAGAUUAAAGUCAAGUUUGGCUGAUCCACUUUGGUCUUUAUUGAGACAAACCAAUAUACACCCGGUUCGUAUGGUAAUGGAACUUGAGAAAUAUCCAUUAUUAAUUGAAUCAAUUAACCAAGUGAUAAAAGUUUUGGAGUUGAUGACCGAAAGAGAGAUGAAGAAUAAAGAUGCCAAUGAAAUGUUGGCUCUUAAAUUCACUUACUUAGCAUUUAUAUUGGAAUAUUUUGGUAAACAAAUGGAAAAGUUGGAAGCCAAACAUGGACCAAAUGCCAAUCGUAAAGAGCUUAUCUCAUCUUGUGGAGAUUUAUUGAUCAAAUAUUGGUUGAAAGGAAGAGACUCAGAUGGAUUCCCUGAAAAUUUAGAGAAUUUCUUGAGAGAAGCAGUAAAAAGAUUUCCAUAUCAUAAUUCAAUGACUUUCAUUCAAAUUGUCAAAACUCUGUCUACCGUUUCGAUUGGUGAAGAGCCAAGUGCAUUGUCUCUUCUUGCACGAACUAUAAGUGGACAGAAAGGUUUCAUAGAUGAAGAAAUGGUCAAUUGUGCUGCCUGUAGUGAACCCAAACCAAGUAAAAAAUGUUCACAGUGUAAAUUAACACAAUAUUGUAAUCAGCGAUGCCAAAAGUUACACUGGUUUACACACAAGAAAUGGUGUUUAAAGAUUAAAGAAGAUCACGAAAAGAAAUUGAAAGAAAUUAGUGAAAAGAAGCAACUUGAAGACAAAAAUGAACAAUCAAGAAAUGAAGGUGACAAUCCUUCAAAUCCUGAUUUAAAUCAAUUGAAUAUUUCCUAAUUCUUUCCACUUCUUAUACUUUUAUAUAAAACAGCUACAUGUAUUGAUAUGCAUGUAAUCGAUAUUUCAUUUAUCAUUGUCAAAUGUUUCGUAUUGCAUGAAAAAUACAAAAAAACAUUUAUUAAUCUUCAUAAAUUAUUGAAGUUGAUAAUAUAAUCGUCAAUAUUUAAGACCAAUUUCAGUCAUCAAAUUUUUUCAAUCUUUACCUUUAUCCUAUUGAAAGGUCAUUCUGAGCUUGAAUUGUCCAACCAUUUCUAACUUGUUCAUUUCAAAUGGGAAUAAAUAUUAAGAUUUUUCUACCUAA